GUAAGAUUCGCUGGAAGUAGAAGGGGAAAGCAGGGACCACGACGAAGCUGUGAAGACGAGAUUACCCCCUUUGCGAGUUGAGCAACAGGAUGACUACGUACUUGGAAUUGAUAGUCCACCAUGGUGGGAAAAUGGACUAUUCUGAGGAGGUUCCUCGCUACCUAAAUGGCAAGAUUGAAGAAGUUGACAUGGACCUAGACUACAUCUCCUACUUCCAGUUACAACAGCUUGGUGUUGUCCACUUUGAAUACGCUAGGGUCGAGCGCUUGUGGUAUAUGGCUCCAUCGCAUAAUUUG